ACACACAACACCCUGAAGAAAUGGAUGUCAGCAGAGCUGAGGAGGAGUUCUGUGCUGUAAACCAUGCAGAGAAAACUCUCCAUAAAAUAGAGAACUACUGGAAAGAGAAAAAACUGUGUGAUGUGAUACUCAUUGCUGGAAACAUGCAAAUCCCAGCCCAUCGGUUGGUUCUCAUUGCAAUGUCCGAUUAUUUUGCUGUGAUGUUCACUCAUGAUAUGCAUGAAGCCAUUCAAGAAGAGGUCAAGGUGGAAGGAAUCGAUCCUAAUGCACUUAAUUCCUUAGUUCAGUAUGCUUACACAGGUGUUCUCCAAUUGAAAGAAGAUACUAUUGAAAAUUUGCUGGGUGCAGCUUGUUUUCUGCAGCUGACUGAAGUCAUUGAAGUCUGCUCCAAUUUUCUUAUAAAGCAGCUCCAUCCUUCAAACUGCUUAGGGAUUCUGUCAUUUGGAGAUGCCCAGGGCUGCACAGAGCUCCUGAGAUUGGCACAUAAGUACACAAUGGAACACUUCAUCGAGGUAAUAAAGAAUGAAGAAUUCCCCCUGCUUCCAGCUAAUGGGAUUUCCAAACUUCUAGGCAGUGAUGACGUUAAUGUGCCUGAUGAAGAAACCAUUUUCAAUGCUGUCAUGCAGUGGGUGGGUUACGAUGUGCAGGCGAGGAAGCAAGACCUGCCAGUGCUGCUCUCUUACAUCAGACUGCCCUUACUUCCACCACAGUUACUGGUGGAUCUUGAAGAGAGCCCCAUGUUUACUGCUGAUCUAAAGUGCCAAAAUCUCCUGAUAGAAGAUAUGAAGUAUCAUCUCUUACCUGAGAGAAGACACAUGCUGCAAAGCCCUAGGACCAAGCCUAGAAAAUCGACUGUGAGGGUGCUUCAUGCUGUGGGAGGCACGGAUGGUAUGAGAGGUACCCGUGCAAUUGAAAAAUAUGACCUCAGGACCAACAGCUGGCUACAUAGUAGCACCAUGAGUAGCCUUAGGUUUCAGUUUGGAGUUGCAGUUAUUGAUAAUAAACUCUAUGUCCUCGGAGGAAGGUAUGGUUCAAAAACCUUAAAUACUGUGGAAUGUUUUGAUCCAGCUAGCAAAAUCUGGACUGUGAUGCCUCCCAUGUCAACACCGAGGCAUGGCUUAGGUGUAGUCACACUUGAAGGACCAAUGUAUGCUGUUGGUGGUCAUGAUGGGUCGAAUUAUCUAAGAACUGUAGAAAGAUGGGACCCUGAGGGACAUCAGUGGACUUACGUGGCCAGUAUGUCAACUCCUAGAAGUACAGCUGGUAUUGUUGCAUUAAAUGGCAAGCUAUAUGCUGUUGGUGGAUGUGAUGAAUGUUCCUGCCUCAAAUCAGUGGAAUACUUUAACCCACACACUAACAAAUGGAGUCUGUGUGCUUCAAUGUCUGAAAGACGUGGACUUGUGGGAGCUGCAACAUACAAUGGAUUUUUAUAUGUUGUUGGGGGCCAUGAUUUCUCUACUUCUGACCAAUGCACAGGCAUUUCUAACCGUGUGGAACUGUAUGAUCCAAAAACUGAUUCAUGGUCCACUGUGGCGCCUCUGAGGGUUCCUCGAGAAGGCAGUGCUCUAUGUCCCCUUGGAGACAGGCUCUAUGUGGUUGGAGGAUAUGAUGGACAUACUUGUUUGAAUACUGUUGAUUCAUAUGAUGCACAAAAAGAUGAGUGGAGAGAGGAAGCUCCUGUCAACAUUGGAAGAAUGGGUCCAUGUGUGGUGGUGAUGAAGCUACCAUAAAGCAAUGUUUUCAAAGGGAAAGAAAGUGGAUACUUUCAAGAAAUGGAGUAGAAAGAAGAGAAGAAUGUUCUUUCCUUCAUAAAGUAAUCAAAGAUGAAAAUUCUUGUGUCAU